AUGGACCUGAGGUUUCUGUCAUAUCAUUAUGCGCCUUUGAAGGUUAUUGAUCUGGCACGGUUGAAUCAUGAGAACAUAGCAAAGUUUCUGGGCUAUUGCAGAGAGAGUGAGCCAUUCUCGAGGAUGUUAGUCUUUGAGUACGCAUCAAAUGGGACCCUGUACGAGCACCUACACUAUGGGGAAGCAGCCCAAUUCUCUUGGCUCAGACGGAUGAAAAUAGCCAUCGGCAUUGCCCAAGGUUUAAGGUAUCUGCACACCGAGUCGCAGCCUCCUUUCGCUAUAUCAGAGCUGAACUCCAAUUCAGUUUACGUUACAGAAGAUUUUACCCCCAAGAUGAAUACUCUCUAA